AUGACCGCAAAAUCUGCAGAAGAAGAAGAGGACACCUUUGACAAAGUCCAAGUCACGACCAAGACGAACAAGCAAUUGAUCUUUGACGAUCAGUCCGGGCGAUUCUUUGAGUCAUCCGUGGAGCCCAUUGCAGAAGAAGAGUCUGGGAGUACUUCGCCUUACGAAGUGUCCAGCGACGUGGAUGUUUCCAACAACGAAAUGUUGUCGACCGAAGUCCUAUUUGGAAGAAAGGUCGAAUCUACCACCACCAAGUCAGGAGACAGAUUUCCUCACAUGGAUCUGGUCACUGACAUUCUCGUCUCGGAUUAUGCGGCCAACAACAACAAUGAAAUGGACGAUAAUGAUGGUUUGUCAUUAUCGAGAGAGACCAGUAUUGUCGAGCAGUGCUACGAAGCAUGGAACCAACGAAAUAUGGCAGCCGUGGUGGACUGUUUCGAUGACAACAACAAGUUUGAAUAUCAAGACUCGCAAUAUCUGGGUUCCAUCACCACGAAAUCAGAACUGAAGCAACACUUUGAAAACCAAGCCAAACUGCUCCCUCCAAACUCCAAGCUGGUCUUGGAAAACAUUGCCGUGGAUCCAAUCAAUGGCGAUAUUGGCGCUCAGUGGUACGUGCAGGAGGAAGAAUCCACCAAACGAGUUCCCUUUACCAGAGGAUGCUCCUUCUACAAGACCAACCCCGAAAAUGGAUUGAUUACCAGUGGCUUCAAAACCACCGAAAUGGUCAUCAAACCUAGUAAACAAGCUGCCGAUCGCUUGGUGUCCUCUGCAUCGCCAUUCUUGCAACGACAAUCGACAACAUUGUUUAGCGCACCACAACAAGAAGAACCAAUGGCAGCAGAACCAUCCUCUCGAAAAUCCAUUAUUGAAACAUACUUUGACGCAUGGAAUCGACGAGAUAUGGAAACCGCAUUGGACUGCUUUGUGGAAGACUGUGUCUAUCAGACCGAAGAUCCAGUCUUUGUCGGCACAUUUCGAGGAAAGGAGUCAUUGCGACAACAUUUGGAAAAGAAUGCGGCCACAUUGCCAGGAUCUUGUCGAAUCGUAUUGGACAGCAUUGCCCAAGAUCCCAUCAAUGGCAACAUUGGUACCGUUUGGCAUUUGCAAGUCGCAAAUGGAAUUACCAUUCCCAAUCUACGAGGAUGUUCCAUGUACACCACGGAUCCCAUCACGGGAUUGCUCAAGAGUGGGUUUGAUGUGACCGAAGCGCCCGUCAAGGUGCCUCGACAGUUCUUGUCAUCCCCCUUGGCACUGCCAGCAAGGUUUUUGUUUGGACAAUGA